CGACGACGGAUGGGUUUAACGGGUAACGAAUAAUUGACAUCCUUUAUCGCAUUAUACAACAUCCUAUGAGUUGCUGGUAGACUCUCAUCUCCUAUCCAGCAAUCAAUUAAUAAUUACCUACCUUACCAUCUAUCCCCAUCACCCAUCCAACAACUACCACACAUCAAAAAUGUCGACCAGCACGCCCCAAGCUCCCUCACCCUCCACGACCACCACCAACUCCUCCUCCAUCGACCAAGCCAAGCUCAUCCACAACAUGUCCGUCGCCGCCCUCAUCGCCUGCCCGAUCCUGAUCCUGAUCCCGCCGCGCAAGUUCGAUAUCUACACGAUCGCGCUGCUGACGGGGACGCUCGUCAGCGCCAACCAGCUCACGUACGAGUACUCGGGGCGCAGCUUCGCGACACGAUGGGGCGAGCGCCUGGCGGCCUUCUCGAGCACGGAGCUCCCGCCCAAAGCACAGGAGAUGCAGGAGCGCCUGCGGCGCGAGCGGGAGGUGCGGGAUGCUGCGCGGCUGGGGGUGUCGGUGAGGGCCCAAGAGGUGGAGGCGGGGUCGAAGAUCUUGGAGGAGGUGGAGAGGAGGAGGGAGGGAGAGGGAAAGGGGAAGAAGGAGAGAGGGAUUUUGGAGAGGGUUUGGUAUGGCCAGGAGGGAGACGACUGGAAGCAGAAGAGGGAUCAGAGGGAGAAGGAGGCGUUGGAGGAGGGGAAGGGGUAUGGUGACUUGAUCAUGGAGCAGAUUUGGGAGGUGUGGAAUUGGGGCGGGAAGAAGACGGACCAGGCUGCGGAUAGCGAGGAUCAAUCGAGAAAGGAGCAGGGGAGCAAAUAGUGGCGGGCGUAGCUGGAGGAUAUGAUAAUGAGGGAGGGGGAGAUCUGGGAAUAUACAUAUAUAAGGGGAAUCCUUGCGGGGAUCGAUUGGCUCUUCGCGGACCCAGGUGAUCCG